AUGUCGCGCCUUCCCGCUCCAGAGAACCACCCGUUGCCGGACAUCGUCGCCGAUGCCGAUUUCAAGGGCGGCGACGAGGAGGUGGACGUGGGGUCGCCUAUCUCUGACAUCCCGGUCACAGCGCCCGUGUUGGACAAUGAGCCGAUAGUGACGAGGAAGGAGCUCUGGAGUUACUAUUUGUACUACAACGGAGACAACGGCGUGGGCCCCAAUGGCUACUCCAUGACACUCUUCCAGUCCCUGGCUACAUCGGCUGGCUGGGACCCUGUCCGCGGACGCGGAUCCUCAUGCCUUGACGCCGAUGCUUCGGGACAGUGCGUUCUGCCUUGGGGAAGCGGCACCAAGUCAGUUUCAUCUGUGGUGCUUGUUGCAAACGGUGUCAGCUUCGCUGUCAUGACCGCUAUCUUUACGACCAUUGGCUCUGCAGCGGACUAUGGAACAUUCGGUCGCUGGCUUCUUCUGGUGGUCACAGUGAUCUGCUGGGGCGCCCAGUUCGCAAGUAUGAGCCUCGACAGGCCGAGCAGGUGGGGUGCUGCCAUGGCGCUAUACAUGAUCGGCUUCAUCGCUUACGGCGCUACACUCGUCUUCUACGCUGCUAUCUUCCCUCGUCUCGCCCGCAACACGCCUCAUGCUCGGGAAUUGCGGGAACGCUACGAGAAGGGCGAGAGCUCAGCGGAAGAGUACGAGCAGGAGGAGAGUCUGGAGAAGAACAGGAUCAGUAACAUCAGCACCAUGCAUAGUAACAUUGGUUACAUCGUCACGCUGGCUCUGAAUCUCUCUCUGCUGCUUCCUAAGCCAAUAUCGGACAACCCUCUUGUCAACAACUACGUAUUGGUUUUGACGAACGGAUACUGGGUCCUCACCGGUAUCUGGUGGUUCAUCUUCCAGAACCCUCGUCCUGGACCCAAGCUUCCCAAGGGCGAGAGCUACUUCACCAUCGGCUGGAAGCAGAUAUGGGUGGCGUUUAAACAGUACAAGAAGCUCCCAUACACCUUCGUCUACCUCUUCGCCUUCUUCCUCUUAGCGGACGGCCUCAACACUACCGGGACGCUCAUCUCGAUCUGCCAGAACGACAAGUUCUCGUUCUCGUUCUUGAAGAACACGUAUCUCGGUCUGGCACAGGCUAUUACUUCCACCCUCAGCACACUCGGCUUCUGGUACAUCCAAAGGUACUGGAAGAUCAGCACGAAGAAGAUGUUUGUCGUAACGAACGUUGUGACGGUGCUGAUCCCGCUCUGGGGCAUGAUCGGUAUCUGGACGAACAAGUUCGGUUUCCACAACGAAUGGGAGUUCUGGGCGUACAAUGUUGUAUUCGGCCUAUUCCAGGCACCGUACUACGCAUUCUCGCAGACUAUGAUGGCAGAGCUCACCCCGCCCGGCUACGACAACAUGUUCUUCGGCCUCUUCGGCCUCUCCAACCGCGCCUCCUCCAUGAUUGGCCCGAACGUCAUCCAAGCCAUCAUCGACAACACGGGCGACAACUGGAAAGGCUUCCCUUUCCUCUUCGCGCUCUGCUUCUGCGCUAGCUUCACCAUUUGGAUCUUCGUCGACGUUACGGCUGGCCGGCGCGCGGCCGUGAGGUGGGCCGAAGAGCGUCGGGCUGUGCGCGCGCAGACGGAGGGUGUGGAUGUUAAGGAGGGCGAGUUUGACCGCAAGUCUUUAUGA